GUAUUUUUGAAUUUGAAUUGAACAUCUGAUUCUGAUCCAGAGUUCAGACAUGUCUGCUGGCAGGAACCAGAGGUCUGAGGAUCAGUUCCGGUGCUCCAUCUGUCUGGACCUGUUCACUGAUCCGGUCAGCACACCAUGUGGACACAACUUCUGUAAAACCUGCAUCAGUCAACACUGGAGCAGCAGCAGCAGCUGCCAGUGUCCCGUCUGUAAGAAGAUGUUCCAGACCAGACCUCUGCUGGAAGUCAACACGUUACUGAGAGAGCUGGUUGAUCAGUUCAGACAUGAAGCUCAACAAGCUGCAGAACCAGGAGAAGUUCCCUGUGACGUCUGCACUGGAACCAAACCGAAGGCCCUGAAGUCCUGCCUGGUGUGUCUGCUCUCCUACUGUCAGACUCACCUGGAGCCUCAUCUGACAGCUCCACGUCUGAAAAGACAUCAGCUGCUGGAUCCUGUGGAGAACCUGGAGGACAGGAUGUGUUUGAAGCACGAUAAUCCUCUGGUUCUGUUCUGUAAGACCGACCAGACCUGUGUCUGCAUGCUCUGCUCUGUUCUGGACCACAAGACUCAUGAGUUUGUUCCUCUGACAGAAGAAUAUGAAGGAAAGAAGGCAGAGCUGAGGAACACAGAGGCUGAAGUUCAGCAGAUGAUCCACAACAGACAGCUGAAGAUCCAGGAAAUCAAAGAGUCUCUGCAGAUCAGUGAAGCUGCUGCAGACAGAGAGAAAGCAGAAGGUCUUCAGGUCUUCACUGAUCUGAUGGACUCUGUUGAGAGGAACAAGAAGAGCUUCAUGAAGGAGGUGGAAGACAAACAGAAAACUACAGAGAAACAGGCUGAAGACUUCAUCAAAGAUCUGGAACAGGAGAUCUCUGAGCUCAUGAAGAGGAGCUCUGAGCUCAAGCAGCUCUCACACUCUGAAGACCACCUCCACCUCCUCCAGAACUUCAGCUCCCUGAAAGCUGCUCCACCCACCAAGAACUGGACCAAGGUCAGAGUCCAUCCUCCAUCAUAUGAGGGSACUGUGGUGAGAGCUGUGGCUCAGCUGGAGGAGGARCUCAGGAACAAGAUGAAGAUGUUUGAGGCUGAGCUGAAGAGGGUCCAGAAGUUUGAGGUGGAUCUGACUCUGGAUCCUGAAACUGCUAAUCCUUACCUCAACCUGUCUGAUGAUGGAAAACAAGUUCACUGUGGAGAUGUGAAGAAGCAGCUUCCAGACAACCCAGAGAGAUUUUCUUAUGUUGUUUCUGUUUUAGGGUCUCAGAGUUUCUCUUCAGGCAGAUUUUACUUUCAGGUUCAGGUUAAAGGAAAAACUGACUGGACUGUAGGAGUGGUCAGGAAGUCCAUCAACAGGAAGGGAAUAAUCACUUUGAGUCCUCAAAAUGGUUUCUGGAUGGUUAGGUUGAGAAAUGGAAAUCAGUACAAAGCUGCUGCUGGUCCUGAUGUCCCUCUCAGUCUUCAGUCUGGUCCUGAGAAGGUGGGGGUGUUUGUGGAUUAUCAGAAGGGUCUGGUCUCCUUUUAUGAUGUUGAUGCUGCAGCUCUGAUCUACUCCUUCACUGGCUGCUGCUUCACUGAACCACUCUGCCCGUACUUUAAUCCCUGUCUUAAUUAUGGAUGUAAAAACUCAGCUCCUCUGAUCAUCUGUCCUGUCAAUCAAUCAGCCUGAUGUUUCUUCAGAAGUCAACAGUUCAGCUGGAUUUAUUUAUUUUUAUCCAAAUUUAUUUGAUUUGUUUUGAUCGCAAACACAAAAUAAAGUAAAGUUUUUUGUUGAAUUUCAGUUGUCAGUUUCUCUUUUGGGGCUCUGGAGUGAACUUUCUGUGGAACCACAACCAGGUUCUGGACCAACAUAAAACCAUCAGUAAUAAAUAAAGUGGAAAAGGCUGCCCUCCAGUGGCCACAGUCAAUAACCACUUCAUCUCUACAUGAACCUGACUGAUGACAUCAUCAGGGCAGGAGGUCAAAGGUCUGAAUUAUUUGUUGCUCUGGGCUUUUAUUUUGUAGUUUCCUGUCAGUGAUGAGUUCAGGAACAUACUGACUGUGAUAACCCAAAAACAUCAGAACCACAGUGUUGUAGUGUGGAACGGCAGAGGCCAUGGAUAAAGACAGCAGGAGACGGAUUUUAUUGAUCAGAAUCAGUUUGAAACAUUUCAUACAAACUGCGACUCUGUUGCUCAGGUGUUUUAUAGCUAUAGAUACCAUGAUGACAUCACAGGCUUUUUUUUGGGUCAGGUGAAGCGCUACGGCAGCGGUGACAGAGCC